AUGGCCACCAACGCUGACAAGGACCCGCUGGACUGUUUUGACUUCCAAUAUGAGCAGAAACUCCCAUCCUUGCUCAGGAAACUCAGUGUGACAGAGGAUGAGUCCACGUCUCAGUUUCGUUGUUUGCCAUACAAGAGGAGACAAGCCAGACUGAUGCAAAAUGCUAUGGAGCAGAAGGAAGAGGCCUUCAGGGAGAAGAUGAAAGUCCUAACCAGCAGAUGGAAGGACCUUGUCACCGAGCAGGAUCAGCUGAAAGCCAACAUGGAGAAGUCUGAGAGGACUUUAAAGGAAAAUGACAAGAUACAAACCCAAGCUCUGCAAAAAGCCACCAAAAGGAGGGAGAGGAGGAUGCAAAAGGAGAGGGAGCUUUUGAGAGCUAAGAAGGAGCUGGAAGCCCUGAAGGAGGAACGCCAGAAGCUCUCUAAGAAAGUGCAGAAGUACUCCAUCUUCAAGGAAUACCUGGAGAAGGUGGUGAAGAACUCACAGUUCAAGGACAUCCAGGAAGCCAUUGAGCACUGUGAGACGCUGGUGGAGACACACCAGAACCUGCUGCAGUCCCAACAGGCACUCAGGGAAAUGUCUGAGCACACCAAGCUGCACCUGGACCAGUACAAGGCAGAGAAAGAAGCUGAGAUCCUGCAGCAUGAAAAGGAGCUGGCACAGCUUCAACUUUGUUUUGACCAGGCUCAAAGGGACGCCCUCCUCUGGGAGACUCGCUUGGAUGAAACCCAGGCCAUGGCUGCUGACAAAACCCUGAAGCUGGGGACCACCAAGAUGGCCAUCCUCAACCUUUGGCAGCGUGCCAAUGAGCACCUGAAAACAAACCUGAAUGUGCCAGCAAGUGACAGCCACAGGCAGCUGGACAUGGUUCAGCAGUUCAUCCAGGACCUCACAGACAUUGGGAAGAUGGGGAAACAGAGGAGGGUGCAGAAGCAGCACUGA